GCCUCGCCGCUUGUAAUUCAUAGCGCAGCGUUUGGCGCGAAGCCUUCCGAGCCGCGAUUGGACGGCCGAGCUUACCGGCUCGUCGCUCAUUGGUGUCUACCGACCACGUGGGCCCAGGUAUAAAAGCAUUGUCCCGCCAUUUUGUGAAGCAUUCAAGUGACGACGCUGUGGUGUGUGCGUGUGCCUAGCUCCGUCGCGUUGGUUUGCGUGUGCUUCGUUUUCUUCUUAUUUAUUCCACAUCUUCGACCAGAAAAUGCCCGCCACACGUUCAAGGCCCAGCACCGAGCAGGCUGAGGUUGUUUCUGAGGAGGUGAAGAAGGACGUCGAGGCGUCCCCGGUGAAGGAAAAGGUGGCGGAGACGAAAACGGAGGAGGCCAAGCCUGCGGCUGAAGAGAAGGCCGACAGUGCAGAGGAAGCCAAAGAAGAAGCAGAGAAGGCUCCUGAAGAGGCACCCAAAGCAAAUGGAGAAGCUGCUGCUGCUGCCGUCGAUGGCGACAAGGAGUCAGACACCGCAGCCACGGAAAAGGCGGAGAAGCACAAACUUGAAGAUGAGGUGAGCGGCACUCCCGAGAAGAAGGCCAAGGUAGAGGAGAAGGAGAGCAAGGAAGAAGAGGCUGCCAAGGAAGCCGCACCUACAGAGGAGGCCGCAGCAUGAGGCGCUCGAUUUGGUCGAGCAUCCGAGCCGCUGCCAACAUCCACCAAGCGCGCAAUGACACACAAGGACGGAAAGACGAAAAAAAAAGAAGACAAGCUCCCUCUCCUUCAUCCCACCACCACCAUCCCCCUGUUUUCCACCACUACAUGUACGUGGGGACCAAAGCAGUUCCCCAAGACUACUACCGCUGCCACCACCACCAUUGCUAUCCCCGCUUUAACUUAUGUUGGGACUGAUGUACAAAGGCAUCCCCUGCAUUGUGUAUUCCCCACCCCCACCCAGUGGUUCCUUUCUUUUGUCCAGCUGUUUUUCUGCUCUGCGCAUCCUUGUGCUGUUGAAAUUUGUUUUUUGGUUUAAGUUCACUUUUGUUUUUCUCUUCCGACAUACACACCACAUACCGUCAUUUGUUGUGAAGAACUUAAUAUAGAUGGUUGUACAGUUUCAGGUUUAAAAGAAUAAAUUUUCUUCUCAUCGUCA